AUGGAGCCCUGGGGCCGGGGAUGGAGUGUCCUGUAUCCAGAGAUUGUGUCUAUAUCCGGGGAUGGUGCCCUGGGGCCGGGUGUGGUGCUCUGCGCCCGGCAGCUCCCGCAGCUCUGCAGAGUUGAGAGCCUGUCCCGGGCACGAAGGGGUUCGGGGGUUCUGUGGGGGACCCACGGAAGGUGGGUACACGCCGGCGCCCAGCGCUGCCCCGGUGACCCCGCCUGGGUGAUCCCGAACCGCUGGAGUACGACGAUGCUGCUCCGGGCAGGGGAAAUCUCGCUCAGCAGAGAUGUCGAACAGGUCUGUGGCAUCAAUGUGAAUGUCUGCUGUGGUGCACAGUUCUCAGUGGAUUUGACGGCAGUCAAGCCAAGCCUGGUGCACAGCCACAGGUUUGAGAAGAACCAGAUAAGAACUGUAAUACAAUCUGUUCUCUUUCAUUGUUUGGUUCAUGCAGGCACAGGCUUGCUGCAGGAAGUGGUGUAUCUAGUGAGUCAGGGAGCUGAUCCAGAUGAGAUUGGACUAAUGAAUAUAGAUGAGCAACUCCCAGUCCUAGAGUACCCUCAGCCCGGUCUGGACAUCAUCAAGGAACUGACCUCCCCGCGACUCAUCAAAAGCCACCUCCCCUAUCGGUUUUUGCCUUCAGACCUCCACAACGGCAACUCAAAGGUAAUAUACAUGGCUCGAAACCCCAAAGACCUGGUGGUGUCUUAUUACCAGUUCCACCGCUCCCUAAGGACCAUGAGCUACAGAGGAACGUUUCAGGAGUUCUGCAGAAGGUUUAUGAAUGACAAGUUAGGAUAUGGUUCGUGGUUUGAACAUGUGCAAGAGUUUUGGGAACACCACAUGGAUGCCAAUGUACUUUUUCUCAAGUAUGAAGACAUGCAUAAGGACCUAGCAACAAUGGUUGAGCAGCUGGUGAGGUUCUUAGGAGUUUCUUAUGACAAAGCUCAGCUGGAAUCCAUGGUGGAACACUGCCAUCAACUCAUUGAUCAGUGCUGUAAUGCAGAGGCUCUUCCUGUUGGCAGGGGACGAGUUGGGCUAUGGAAAGACAUCUUCACUGUUUCAAUGAAUGAGAAAUUUGAUUUAGUUUAUAAACAGAAGAUGGGAAAAUGUGACCUCACAUUUGAUUUUUAUUUAUAAAAAAUGCAUGCAUAUGAUAUCCAGAUAUAGCUAAAAGUGCUUUAUGCAUUCAUUUAUUACUUGCUGGACAAACUAUUGUAGCUAUUAUGUGUAAUAAAAUUUAAAGAAAGAAAAACAAUCUAAGUAAACCAUAUCAGAUACAAUUAUCUUUGAUCCUGAACAGCUGUUUAUCUUCUAGUAUUUAAGUCCUUUGUCCACAUGCAAGAACUUCCCAGACAAUACUAGAACAUUCAGCUGUUAUGGAAUGUAUUAUAUACGUAUAAGGUAUGUAUCAUAUAUGCAACUAGAAUGUACACCUUUUCAGCCCCACAUUGAUUAUUUAAUGUGUUUUAUAAAAGCUUGUCACUAGAACCUAAAUAAACAUCUGUAAACCAAAUAAAAAUUUAUUUCUGAGGGAAACAAGUAACAGGCCAAAACGGUACGCUAGAAUGAUCUCAGGGGUUAAUUGUCACAUUUAUUUUUAUAGCAGGUAUAACCAAGUAUAAAUAAAUCCCAUUCCAAAAUAGGAACCGAUCCAAGUGGGGUUCACAUUAGGUUCUGCACACCCUUAUCUGCGUGAUUUGAGUAGGUUCUGUGCACUGGCACAUUCUGCAAGACAGGGCUUGUUCUGAUUUACAGCUGUGAUUGUCAGCCUGAUCCCAAAUCCCACCCAUGCCUUUAUGGACACAGCUCAGAGCUGGCUUCCUAAUGCAGGCAGUUCAGCUCCAUGCAGAGCUGGAGCUGAUAGAUGACAGACAGCAGAUAGAUGAUUCUUAAGCCCUUAGUUCUAGGUCACUCCCUCAAAAUGGGGCUUAAAAGCCAGGAAUCUGGUGCAGGGACUUUCCUGAAGAACCAGUCUUCAACCCAUGUCACUUUGCUGUGUGAAUUUCUCCCUUUAGGGGCAACCCCAGAAAUUAAAGUGCUGGAUAAGCUCCUUUAGUUCCUCUAAAAGGUGAGGGCACCUAGAAGUGUUUAUGGGUUGUACUCCUGGACUCCAACAGACCUAAGGGGAAGAUCUGUGCCACUAAAGCAGGAAAAGGGAACUGCAGCAUCCGAGGAGAAGAGUUGAUGGAUAUGCCAGCAGGUGGGAGUAUUGCACAAAUAUCCAUGCACAAUAAGUUCCAGGAAUUGUUAGCCAUGACUGAUCUGGAUUAUAAUCAGGAUUCAAGUUUAUUUCUCUUAUCUUUUUUUUCAUCUCUACAUAAACUGCCUGAAGCAGGCUACUAUCGCUACAGAACUCUCACAAAUUAUUUUAUCGUUCCAUUAUGUAAUGACACCCAUGCUUUUUAGGUUCUCAGCUGCAGGAGGCCCAUUUUUGCUAGUCAAAUGUUCAGGCUCACCAAAAACUGAGGAAAGACUAGUUUUUAGUGUUUCAGUUCUGUUGGGAAACUGUCAGUUCAGCACUGGCAAGUGGUGUAGCAUGAUGUGGCUUGACAGCACUUUUCCCUGUAUAUUUGUGAGUGAAAAUGCUUUCAGUGAAAUUUUAUUUCUAUUUUUAUAUUUUUAGUACUGUAUGAAUAUUAAGCACUACACAUUAUACUUCUGUGCUUGCUUGCUUACUGAAUAAAAGAUAUGUUCUGUGCA